AUGAUACGUCUAGCACUGAUACAAGCCGUAUGGUUUGGCAUUAUUUCGACGAGCCUUUCAGGAUUUUUCUUAACGACAGUUGGAGCUGCACCAACUGAUAGUGAUUUCAAACAACUUAUGAAAAAGUGUGAUAAACUUUCAAAUAUUGUCGAAGAACAACAAAGAGAUCUUAAAGAUCAUGCUACCGAAAUAUCUGCUUUGGAGAGAAACGUCAUCAAACUAGAAAUUCUCUUUGAACAAAUGAACCAAAAAUGUAAUGAAAAGUGUAAAGUUGUGAAAGGUCAAAAGGGUCAACGAGGAAGGCGUGGAUAUCCAGGGAAAAUAGGUGUUAAAGGAAACUCAGGUGUAAAUGGAAGUCAGGGCCCCACUGGACAAAAAGGUGCAAAAGGUGACCUAGGGCCUACCGGGGCAACGGGUUCAAAAGGGCAAAAAGGUGCGAACGGUGAUAUAGGACCUACAGGAGCAACGGGUUUAAAAGGGCAAAACGGUACAAAAGGUGACAUAGGACCAACUGGACCAACGGGUUCAAAGGGGCAAAAAGGUGCAAAGGGUGACAUAGGACCUACCGGACCCAUUGGCGCAACAGGUUCUAAAGGACAAAAAGGUGCGAAAGGUGACCUCGGACCCAUUGGUGCAACAGGUUCUAAAGGACAAAAAGGUGCGAAAGGUGACCUUGGACCCAUUGGCGCAACAGGUUCUAAAGGACAAAAAGGUGUGAAAGGUGACCUUGGACCCAUUGGCGCAACAGGUUCUAAAGGACAAAAAGGUGCGAAAGGUGACCUCGGACCCAUUGGUGCAACAGGUUCUAAAGGACAAAAAGGUGCAAAAGGUGACCUUGGACCCAUUGGCGCAACAGGUUCUAAAGGACAAAAAGGUGCAAAAGGUGACCUUGGACCCAUUGGCGCAACAGGUUCUAAAGGACAAAAAGGUGCGAAGGGUGACCUCGGACCCAUUGGCGCAACGGGUCAAAAAGGUCAAAAGGGUCAAAAGGGUGAAAAAGGAAACUUUGCGGAUAGUUGCCAAUGGACAGAUUGGUCGCCAUGGAGUGUUGGUAAUUGUUCUAAACCAUGUGGUGGAGGGACCCGUCUGGAAACAAGAACAAGAACACAUUGUCUAUUUGGUACAGCUACAGAAACAAGGACUAAGUCGUGUAACACACAGUUGAUAUGUCCUAAAAAAUGUGUGUUGAGCACCUGGGGAGCUUGGGGAGCUUCUGGACCAUGUGACGAGUCUUGCACACUGCAGCCUGCGCGUAGAACACGUACCUUGGGCAAAUGUCCAGGUUCACAGUCUGAAACCAAGCUCGUGCGCUGUAAUUCUCUUGAUUAUCGUUAUGGAAAAUUUGGAGCGGCACAAACUGAUGAUGAAGUCAAACAACUCAUAGAAAGGGUUGAUAAACUGGAAAUCCUUGUAGAACAAUUGAGCUGCAAAUGGACAGAUUGGUCGACAUGGAGUAUUGGUCGUUGUUCUAGCUCAUGUGAUGGAGGGACACGUCUGGAUAGAAGAACCAGAAAAUACACUCAUUGUGUAUCUGGGACAGUUACAGAAACAAGGACCGUGGAGUGUAACACACACAUAAUAUGUAAAGAAAACUGCCUUGUGUGGAGCACCUGGGGAGCUUGGGGAGCUUCUGGACCAUGUGACGGGUAUUGCACACUGCAACCUGCGCAUAGAAUACGUAUCCCGGUCAAAUGUCCAGGUUCACAGUCUGAAACUAAGUUCGUGCGCUGUAAUUCUCUUGAUUAUCGUUAUGGAAAAUGUGAAAGAAUAAGGUUCCCCGAUGACCGUCAUCGUUGAUGCAGGGAGAAUCGAAAUGUUCCAAAAUUUAGCUGCCAUGGUCUUUGAUGAGAAUUUCACUAAGAAAUAAAUGCCAAGUAAACAAACAAAUCAGUGAAUGUAGUUUUGAUUCGGUCGCUGGAUUUUGAUCUUUCUCAAUAUUCUGUAUGUAGAUGAAGCUCUCUUUAAGAAGCAAAAUCAAAUGCGAAUUGUAUUAACUCUAAGUAAUGUCAAU